GCUGGAGGCGGGGCUCCUCGAGCUCCCGAGAGUGGCUGCGGUCGGGAUGGGCGGACGAUUUGCCUUUCCAGGCGGUCCCGCCGCUUGGUCCCGGUGAUCGUCCUUCUAGGCGGGGCGGCCGCCAGUUCCUGCCUGGGCUGGAGAGCUGGCAGACGGCAGCGAUGCUCAGGCUCCUGGAGCUCAGGCAGUUCCCGCUUCCCUUGUUGUUGUCUCUGCUGCUGCUGUGCUCGCUGCGGUUGUGCUCGAGCGCGGUGCCUUCGGGGCCCCCACACUUGGUGCUGGUGCUGGCCGAUGACUUGGGUUGGAACGACGUGGGCUGGCACGGCUCCCAGAUCCGCACCCCAAACCUGGAUGCGCUGGGGGCGGAUGGGGUGCGCCUGGAGCGCUACUACACGCAGCCUCUGUGUACCCCGUCCCGGAGCCAGCUGCUCACCGGCAGGUACCAGAUCCAUACAGGUUUACAGCAUGAAAUAAUUUGGCCGUGUCAGCCCAGCUGUGUCCCACUGGAUGAAAAACUCCUGCCUGAGCUACUUAAAGAGGCAGGAUAUGUUACCCACAUGGUGGGGAAGUGGCAUCUAGGAUUGUACAGAAAAGAGUGCCUUCCAACCCGCAGAGGGUUUGAUACUUACUUUGGCUACCUUCUUGGAAGUGAAGAUUACUAUUCCCAUGAGCGCUGUGUGCCCAUUAUAGCGAAGAAUGUAACCCGAUGUGCACUUGAUUUUCGAGAUGGAGAAGAAAUCGCAGACGGAUUUAAAAACAUGUACUCUACUAAUAUAUUUACAGAAAGAGCUCUGGAUCUUAUAGCCAGUCAUCAGGCUGAGAAGCCCCUCUUUCUCUACCUUGCUCUGCAAUCUGUCCACGAGCCUCUCCAAGUACCUGAGAAAUACACAGAGCCAUACUCUUUUAUCAAAGAUGAAAAGAGACGCAAAUAUGCAGGAAUGGUAUCCAUUAUGGAUGAAGCUGUAGGAAAUGUUACUACUGCCCUGAAGAGAUAUGGACUGUGGAACAACACUAUUCUAAUAUUUUCUACAGAUAACGGAGGCCAAACUCUGGCAGGUGGAAAUAACUGGCCAUUAAGAGGAAGAAAAUGGACACUGUGGGAAGGCGGAGUGAGAGGAGCUGGAUUUGUUGCAAGUCCUUUAUUGAAACGGAAGGGAGUGGAAAGUCAUGACCUCAUUCACAUUUCUGACUGGCUGCCCACUCUGGUGAAGCUUGCUGGUGGAUCUUCAAAUGGCACAAAGCCUUUAGAUGGCUUUGAUAUAUGGAAAACACUCAGUGAAGGAAAACCAUCCCCCAGAAAGGAGCUGCUUCAUAACAUAGACCCAAUCUUCGUGGAUCCAUCUCCAUGUGCAGGUAUCAGCAGCAGGAAUUCACCACAGAGUAAUUAUUUUGCAUGGGAAGAUUCAAUUUUCAAUACCUCCAUACAUGCUGCAAUUCGAUAUGGAAAAUGGAAAUUACUAACGGGCAAUCCAGGCUGUUCCCACUGGUUUCCACCACCAUCUUUAUUAAAUGAAUCAAAGACUCUGUCAUCUUUAUUCAACGAGUCAAAGACUCUGUCAUCAGACCCUCCAACAAAGAAACUUUGGCUCUAUGAUAUCGUUCAGGAUGCUGAGGAAAGAACUGAUUUGUCAGAACAAUAUCCUGACAUUGUGAAAAAGCUCCUUUUGCGCCUCCAGCACUAUCAUAAGAACUCUGUUCCUGUGUUCUAUCCAGAUGAUGAUCCCCAUUGUGACCCAGCAGCAACAAAAGCCUGGGGGCCCUGGAUGUAGGAAACUGCUCAGCAGCUGGAGAAAUGUAUCUGCAGUGUAGUCAUAGAGCUGAUUCACAUGUUACAUUGGUGUACAUAAAAAUGUGUGUCCCUGUAUAUAUCUGGCCAAAGUGUGCAAAAAUAUUCCAUAGGAAUCAGCCCAUAGACUCAGGGAUACAGAUAGUCUUCUGACCUCAUUUAUUUUACCUCUUCAGCUCUAACUUCAGUCCAUUAGAUGCAGCUUUUCUUACUCAAAAGCUGUUUGGGGGAUCCAGUUUCACCAUCAAUUGUGCUUGAAGUUCUAUUAUUAUCAUAAAUCUGCCACUUGGAUGUU